CUCUUCGUCGUUCCCCACACGCAAAUCGCAUAAUCGAUUUUCUCUCCAACAAAAAGUGUGAGAAAAAAGGGGGAAACGAAAACCCUAAAUUCACUCUACUCCAAUUCCCUUUCCGAUAAGCACAACAUGGCGUCCAGAAACUUUCAGUGGGAGCUCCUCGCAGCGUAUCUAACUCUAACCUUAGCUCUGAUUCACCUCGUGGAGGCAAACUCCGAGGGAGACGCUCUUUACGCUCUACGAAGGAGCUUAUCGGACCCAGACCAUGUUCUCCAGAGCUGGGAUCCCACUCUUGUUAACCCCUGUACCUGGUUCCACGUCACCUGUAACCAAGACAACCGCGUCACUCGUGUGGAUUUGGGUAAUUCAAACCUUUCUGGACAUCUUGCACCUGAGCUUGGGAAGCUUGAACAUCUACAGUACUUGGAGCUGUACAAGAACAACAUCCAAGGAACUAUACCUUCUGAACUUGCAAACCUGAAGAGCCUCAUCAGCUUGGAUCUCUACAACAACAAUCUUACUGGGAAGAUUCCUACUUCUCUGGGGAAACUCAAGUCUCUGGUCUUUCUACGACUCAAUGACAACCAAUUGACUGGUCCAAUCCCUAGAGAACUCACGAAAAUCCCAAGCCUCAAAGUUGUUGAUGUAUCGAGCAAUGAUUUGUGUGGAACCAUCCCAACAGGAGGACCGUUUGAACACAUUCCUUUGCAGAACUUUGAGAACAAUUCGCGAUUGGAGGGGCCGGAACUAAUUGGUCUUGCAAGCUACGACACCAACUGCAACUGAAACAACAUCUGAAAAAAAACAAGAACUGGGGGGUGAGCUUUGUAAGAAGAACACUUCACCACUUUUUAUCAAAUAUCACAACUAUUAAUAUGUACUGAGUAUAUAUAUAUGUCCUAGUUGCCAAAAAAAAAAAAGAGUCGGAGAAUCUGUAAUCCAUCUGUCUCAGUUAAGACUGACCGCCCAAAGACUGAGGUUACUGUAAGGAUCGUGUGUGUGACACUAAGAUGUAACAUUGGUUUUGGUAUCAAGUUCCUUUGCCUUGUUUGCAUUAACAUAUGUAUGUGUAAGAUCUAUGACUUCCUUUGCUUUUUAUUUGAUAACUACUAUAUUCAGUUUGAUUCCA